AGCGAUACAGUAUGUGAAUUAGGGGUACUCAUGGCACAACUAAGAUGCUUAGGGGGUACGCAAGACAAAAAAGGUUGGGAAACAAUGCAGUAUAGUAUCCCCAUAACGCACGCUGUUCCACCAGUGGAACGCUGUAAUAGUCAUCGAAAAGUUAACCACCAUAGUACAACAGUACUAUGACAUAACACAGGGCCUUUAAUAAUGCACUACGACUCGGUCAUUGCCAUUCUGGUAACAGCAAAUGUAUAACGCUGUGUCUUAACGGAUUAACUCAACAGAACAACAACAGAGCACGGAUCCCAAACGUGAUGGAGGCCCCCCAACACGAAGAUAAGACGUGAACAUGUUAAAAUAAAUAAUCCAUUUUGUGAUAAAUAUUUUAGUACAUAAUUAAUAAUACAUAUUGUUAUUUUCCUGAACACCCCAACCUUGUAUUAUACCCUGGUGCAUCCGUCUGAAACAUGCACCAAUCGUUUUUGGAUUGUACAGUAGGCAGUCAGUCAGUUUUUAAAACUCUAUCAUAACCUUAGUGUCAAUGAAAGCGAACUUGUUCAGUCCUCAGAACAAAAAUGUUUGUCACUGUGGGCGUUUCAAGGCCAUUUUAAAUUGUUACUUCCAGUUUUGUUUGUCUUUAACUCCCACUUUACACAAGUGGUCAUUGAGAGCCUGACCAUAAAAGACAUGGUCUUACACUGGCCUUGAGAUUUUUCUCUCAUGAUCGCUGAACUUGAACACGACACAUAAGUUACCAAAUCUUUGUCCUAAUAGGUCAGGUUUAGGAGCACGUGUGCCACCUCACUUUUCAGUUUGUUUUCCAUUUGUGCACACAUACUUAACUAUUGCUUUGUGUCAUUGUCACAUCCCUUUCUUGUGCUGUCUGUGAGUCUCACUUUCAUUGCCAAUCCUCUGUGGAAUGAGACCCUGAAUACCUCGCACACCUCUCUCUUGUCAGCAACCCCUCUUUGUUUUCUGUGUCUGUCCGUCCCAAUAACUCGCAUCCCAAGUUCUCUUGACUGUCUCAUAGGGGAGCCUAACAGCACAACAACAACAGCAGCGUGUGAAAGCAAUGGUGAUGAUGAUGACCCCAACCAAGGGAAGAUACCCAUGAGCCCAAAGGAGAUUAACCACAACAACUACCUGGCUCCACUGGAUAACCACCAGUGGGAGCAGAAGAGGCAGGACCACCAGCAACCACAACAGCAGCAGCAGCAUCAGGACCACUGGGAGCAGAACAUGAAUCAUCAGCAUCAGGACCAACCGGAACAGCCACCUGUCGUGGGCUCCGCUCACACACCCGCGAGCCCCUCUGCCCCCUCCGAUCACGACUCUGCUCCGCUGGACAACCACCAGUGGGAGAAGAAGAUGCAGAGUGACCAGCAGUCCAGGCAGCAGGAGCAAUGGGAGCAGAACAUGAAGAAUGACCAGCGGAACCAACCGGAGCAGCAAGCUGUCGGCUCGACGGCCACACCUGAGAGCGCUUCUCCAGCCUCCUCCGACCUUGAUCCUGCCCCCGUCAAGGGCAUCUUCCUCACCGCCGUCAGCGACCAGCAGCCCCAGCAGCUGCGCCGCCUCGAGCAGCACCAGCAGCACCUGCGCCAGCUGCAGCAGCGGCAGGAGGAGAAGCAGGAGAAGCAGAGGCGGCGCCGGGGCCUGGCCAGGGAGCAACAGGAGCAGUGGGAGCAGGAGCUGUCGCAGGAGCAAGAGCGCCAGAGACGGCAGUGGCAGGAGUGGCAAGCGCAGGAGAAGCAACAGGAGCAGGAGCAUCAGAAGCGGCAGUGGCAGCAGUGGCAGGAGCAGGAGAGACUGCGCGAGGAGGAGCAGCAGCAGGAGCAGCAGCAGGAGCAGCAGAGGCGGCAGUGGAUGGAGCAGCAGCAGCAGCAGCAGCAGAGGACCCAGCAGGAGAAGGAGGAGCUGCACAGGCAGUGGAUGGCGGAGGAGCGCGAGCGUCUGGAGCACCAGCGUCAGCUGGAGAGGCAGCGCAGGGAGCUGCUCCAGCUCCAGCUCCAGCAGCAGCAGCACGAGCACCGGCAGCGGCGGCAGAUGCUGCAGUGGCAACUACAGCUGGAGCUCGAGCAGCAGCAUCAGCAGCAGAGGCAGAAACAGCAGCAGCAGCAGCAGCAGCAGCACCAACAGCAGCAGUUGGCACACAAGGGCCGGUCGGACAUUCUCAUCUCCCCCUCGUCCGGCCUGUGUACCAUCUACGAGGCCAUGGAGACCAGCGAGGAGGAGGACGAGGGCGUCGACGAGGAAGGAGGGAGCUUCGACGCAGACGACGCAGGCUCCUCCGACUCGGCCUCUCCCAGGAUGCACGGCAGCCCGAGGGACCUGCCUCUGCGCAUGGCCAACGGGAACCUCCGCCACCCUCCGCAAGACCUGGACUGGAGCCGCAAAGUGGACAUGGUGCAGAAGCUCAUCAACCAAACCCUGCUGCUGUCCUCUGGCGAGACCUGUCCUCCGUUGCUGCUGCUGCCGGGCCAGGGCGGAGGCACCCUCAGCCCCCUGGAGAGCAGCCUGUGGCCCGACCUGCUGCCCCCUCUCGGAUCCCCCUCCGCCAUGAUCACCUCCGUCAGCAGCUUCUCUCCAGACAGCCAGGGCAGCUCCCCGCAGGGAGACUGGACCGUGGUGGAGGUGGAGACCCAUCACUAGAAAUCAAUCAGGGCUGGGGUGCAUUUCUCAAAGCCAUAAUUGCUAUCUACAUUAGCUAC